ACCUUUUACGUCAAAAGCAACGCCAUUGACCACUUACAAAAAUGGAAAGAACAGCUAUCCUCGCUCUCAGGAGCACGCUAAACCCUUCCAACACCCUCCGAUCUCGCCCUACCCUCUGCUUCCUCCAGCUCUCCUCCCGCAGAGCGAGCACGACCUCCACCCCUCGACCUCCCACCACCACUGGCAGUCAUCCUGCUCUACAACGGCGUGGCCCUACACUCCAACCUCGAUUACCAUCAGCCACCAACUGGCCAUGGCGUCAGAUCCCAUCUUCUUCUCCUGAUGUGACUGUCCUUGAACGAACUGUCUUCGCCCGACCUUCUGAUUUUAGUCCACCCUUGUUGUUGUUCGCUGCCGGCGUCUGGGGUCUGUUUGUGAUCUCGUGGUAUGCUCUCCCAGACCCUCCCAAAAGAGAGUUGACAGAAGAGGAAAAGGUAAAGAUUGAAGCCGAGUAUGCUGGAGCUGGUUUCUGGUUACAGCUGGGUAACCGUGUAUCAGGCUCUGUAUACUCUUCGGCCCAGCCUAUUCUCAUGGGAGGUGUCUCCUUGAUACUCGCUGGUUUCCUAAUUGCAUCUUCUACGAUUGCCACGAGGAUUACAAUGGUACAGAUGCGACCUGUAAACGGGUCAGGUGAAGGUAAAAGGUUCUUGAAGUUGACAACAGUGGCGCACGAGAUGGUCAAGGGGAUGGUUAAACCAAGAGAGAUCAGAAUGGAGGAUUGCAGCGUUUAUUUCCCUAGUGCUGAACGUGCGACCACUGUCCGUCUGCGCGUGCUCAAACCCGAUGGCCGACCUUUCAAGUACACUCUUGACCGAUUUCCUUACAAUCUUGACUUCAGAGAGAUUAAGGAAGACUAUAAGGUAGUUGAUAAGGAAAUUGUCCUCUCAAUACCUAGAUUGCAACAGACUUUUGGCGCCAUUCUCAAAGGGAAACCCGAUUAUGCCAAGGCAGCGUAAUAAUAAAUCAUGAUCUCAUCAAUGCAUAUUUACACUCGUCAAACUACUGAUGUUGUUACGUUCUUUGAGGAGACGAGGUACGAGAGCAAGCAGAGUGUCGUAUUUUUGAGC